AUGCGCAUCGCCAUGUACAUCUUCGCCGUGUUUGUCGCCGCGCUGUGCGUCUCUCUCGCCGCGGGGGAGAACGCUUUCUCGCUCGAGGUGACUCAGAAACAAGCCGGCGAGAGUGACUAUCUCACGGCCUGGGCCGCCGCGCAUCGCAAGUGGGGGAAGGGCGUCCCCAAGGGCGCCGCCGAGAUGCUCUCUCUCGCUGAUGGGGGCGAGAGUCGCGUCGAUGCUCUGCCCUUGGUCCAUGACAAAGCGUACGUUGCCGAGAUCGAGGUCGGAACUCCGCCGCAGAAGGUCAAGGUGCUUCUCGAUACCGGCUCAUCGGAUGUCUGGGUCCAGUCCACAGACACCAAUUACCGCGUCAACAAGCAAGGGCCGUACGCUCCGAGAUACAACCCCAAGAUCUCUAACACGUCGCAUGUUAUCAAGGAUGCCAUGUGGAAUAUCGAAUACGCGGACGCCAGCAACGCUGUCGGCAUCGUCUAUAAGGACACUCUCCGCAUGGGCGACUUCGCCAUCAAAGAUGCAAUCAUCCAGUCUGCCUCGAUUGUUUCAGACAGCUUCGAGAAGGAAACAGGUUUCAGUGGCAUCAUGGGCCUGGCCAAGCUGCUGGACAACAACAUCCAGCCACCUCAGCCAUCAUUCCUCUCAGUCCUCCAGAAGCAGCUCAAGGCGCCUGUUUUCACGGUCGAUGUUCGCAAGAACGCAACGAGCCGAUUCGACUUUGGUCGCGUGGACCAGACUCUCGCCUCGGAUAACAUCACCUGGCUGGACACCGACCCGACGAGCCCCAUGUGGAGCGUCGAGUUCGACCUCACCGCUUGGACUGGCAACGACUUCUGGUUGGCCCAUAAAUUUCAGGCUAUCAUCGAUACGGGGACGUCGCUCAUGUUCCUCCCGGAGCCGCUAGCCAGCAUGUAUUGGGAGAAGAUACCCGGCGUGGACAGCUCGGCCGGCUCAUAUCGAUUUCCCUGCAACUUGACGGAUAGCCUUCCCGACCUGCUGCUGAAGCUUCCCGGCACCGAGCACGUACUCGUCAUCCCGGGCCAGUAUCUCAACUAUGGAGCGGCCGGCGGCGAGAAGAACCUGUGCUGGGGAGGCAUGCAGAGUGCCGGCCAGCUGGACGGCGUCAUCAUCAUGGGCGACGUGAUGCUCAAGGCCUUGUUCGUCGCCUUUGACGUGGAGAAGGGCCGCGUGGGUUUCGCCAACAAGGUUCUGCAUGAUGUGAAGUAG